UCCCCUAACACUCUCUUUAGUGACUUAAAAGUUUAAACGCUCCGUUUUGAGACCGUAACUUCUCCGUUCCCAAACCCUUCACUGCACUGCACAUCGGUUUGUAUCCUUUUCUUUCAUUCCGCCUCUGAAAACCCUAGAUUCCUUUCUCCCAAUUCUCAAACUCCCAAUUUCGCCCCGUAAUCCCGCAAUCGAUAACAAAAAAUUGGAAUUAAGAGAGAGGAGUAUAACCUUGAAGCUCCGAAAAUGGUGGGAGCAGGAGGGAGCAGGAGGGAGGAUGCACCACCAUCACUGAACAGCACCAACGUCUUCGCCGCGCUUAGUAGCUUGAAGAAGAAGAAGAGCACAAGCAGCAGCAAGAUCAAGGAGCAGAGAAGAGGAGGAGGCGAAGUGACGCCGGAGAAGAAGGAAGUAUUCUGGGCUCCGGCUCCUCUGACGGCGAAGUCAUGGGCGGACGUUGACGAUGAAGAUGACGACGAUUACUACGCCACCACGGGUCCUCCUGACUCAUCUUGGGGCGCCGCCGUGAGUUCCGAGAAAGCCAAUGACAGUGAUGCUGCCGCAGAUGUGGAAAGUGAGAGUGAUGAAGAAGAAGGUAUCUAUAACGUAGAAGAUGAUGCAGAAGAGGAACACAAAAAUGAUGCAGAAGUACCAACAGAAGCUGAAGCCGUUGUUAAGAAGCUUCCUGAACCCUCAUUGGCUACCAAAGAAACAGAAAGACAGCUUUCUAAAAAGGAAUUAAAGAAAAAAGGGCUUGAAGAGCUUGAAGCUGUUCUGGCUGAGCUAGGAUAUACACCAAGAGAGUCCACUGGCCAGGAUGAUUCCCACGGUGCAGAGAAGAAAGAGGACUGCAAUGGUGCCUUGGAAAAGAAGGAGAAUGCUACUGGGGAAAGCAAAAGUGCAAGAAAGAAGAAGAAGAAGGAGAAAUCUUCAAAGGAGCAGAAAGAAUUGGAAGAUCAAACGGAUGCUGGAAAUACAACAUCUGAAACUACUGGCCCAGAAAAGGUAGAGGAUGCAAAUGCAGGUGAUGUUAAAGAGCGGCUCAAGAAAGUUGCUUCCAUGAAGAAGAAAAAGUCAAGUAAGGAGAUGGAUGCUGCUGCACGCGCUGCUGCAAGCGAGGCUGCUGCAAGAAAUGCAAAGCUUACUGCCGCCAAGAAAAAAGAGAAGGCUCAUUACAAUCAGCAGCCAGUGCGGUAAACAGAGUAGUGGCGAAGUAUUUGUAUCUUUUCUCUUGUUGUAAACUUUUGUCUUCUUCUAUUCAUUCUCUUUUAUGGUUAAAUGCAAAUCACCUACCACCACAACUUUAGACUUUUGGGCAAAUCACUCCUUAAAGUUUUGAUCUUUGUAAUUUACUCUGAUUGAGCUUUAAACAUUUAACAAUUUUCAAAAGUUUUAUAACUAAUUACACUGCAUGGUUUGGAAACUAAAAUCUGAACAUCAUGGCAUGUGUGCUGUUAAAAACUUAAAAAUUUAAAUAUAUUGAAAAAUGUUUAAAGCUGAAGCAGGUAAAAUUGCAAGAAUAAAGGGGCUAGUUUGCCUUAAAGUCCAACUUCUGCUAUUUGCAAUUAUUUGACCCUUUUUAAUCACAUAUGACUUUAUGGUCUUUUCAUUUA